CUCGUCUAAAAAGUACGUUUUCUCGAGGUCUGCAAAGUAGGCCUCCGUGGCAGCGAUGACCUCCUCGUUCGACUGAAAUUUCUGCCCGGCGAGUGACUUUUUCAAGUUUGGAAACAAAAAGAAGUCGCACGCCAAAUCUGGAGAAUACGGUGGAUGGGGCAGCAGCUCGUAGCCCAAUUCGACCAAUUUGUCGAAUCACCGACCGAUAUUGCUCUUUUUCCAUUUUUCUAAAAUCCGCGGACACGCCCGCUUCCACACGCGGUCAAAACAAAACUACGAGUCCGAUUCGGCUGAAAUUUUGACAGUAGCCGUCUACGAGAAUGUACUACACGUUAGUAAAUUUCUCUUGCGAUAGUGGCUCCAUCGGGCGUUGAGUACUUAUCGGACCGCCCUCGUACAUACAAAACAUACAAUUUUCUAUUUAUUAUAUUUUCAUGCAAAUAUUUAGGUAAGAUGGAAGAUGAAUUGAUAUUUAUCAUUGCAAUGCAAAUAUUGUGCUAGCAUUAUAUAUUGCAUGGAAAGUGGAAAAAACAAGAGAAAUCGACGAUGUGGUGUGUACGCCCUAUAAAUCAGAGGCAUUCAUAGUAUAAUGACUUUUCCACUCUGUUUUUGAAAUUAAAAGAAGACCCAAAUCUCUUUUUUCGUAUACAAGAAUGGAUGUGCCUACAUUUUAUGAAUUUCUUCGACUGGUAGGACCACAUUUGAGAAAAAACAGUAUAAGACCAUCAAUAUGUCCAGAACAGCGUUUUGCUAUAACAUUGAGUUUACAGAGUCGGAGAUCUACUGCUCAUAUGAUUGUGAAAGAAACAUGCUCCGUUAUAGCAAAAGUUUUAAUGCUGAUCUAUUUGAAACCUCCGACAGAAGUCGAAUGGAAAGAGAUCUGUACAGAUUUUUUAAAUUUGUGGAAUUUACCAAAUUGUGUUGAAGCAAUAGAUGGCAAGCACAUAAUGAUUCAGGCACUUCCAAACUCUGGAUCUAUGUACUUUAAUUAUAAGAAGACACUUAGUCUCGUAUUGAUGGCCGCUUGUAAUGCCAGAUAUAGAUUUAUGCUUUUUGAUGUAGAUGCUUAUGGCAGCGAUAGCGAGGGGGGAAUUCUAUCAAGAUCGACCUUUGGAAAAGCAUUAUAUAAACAUUGAACUUGAAAAAGGAACAGCUCAUCUUCCAGGAAGGAAUCAAGAAACAUCUUGCUACAUUUUGUUGCCUACGAAGCCUUUCAAACGUCUAUCAACAUAAUGCGACCUUAUCCAGGCAGAUUUUUAAAUGAUCAAAAAAGAAUUUUCAACUAUCACUUAUCACAGGCCAGAAGAACGAUAGAAAAUAUCUUUGGAAUUCUUUUAGCUAGAUAGAGGAUAUUUCUAAGAUGAAUUUAUGCUAGCCCAUGUUGUUGGCAAAUAUGUACUAGCAGCAAUGUGCUUGCACGAUUUUCUAAUAACAAAAAACGAUCAGCAAGCAUUAAAAAUAUUGUCAAUUCACAGAUAGAGAAAAAGAUAUUGAAAAAGGAAAAAUAAUCGAAGGAGAAUGGCGAUAACAAUCGCAAAGUGAUCAUAUAAGACACAUCGGAAAAUGCGGAGCACAUCGAGCUACGAAAGAUGCUUAUAUAAUGCGAGAUACUCUGUCUCUUCAUGACACCUGCUGGCCAAGUUCCAUGGCAGUUCGAAUAUAUA